CUUCUGGGUGGGUGCCGAUCAACAUCCGGGACUGAGGGCGACCUUUGACCUGUAUCGCCUUUCCACAUAUCAGAUGAGGUGAUUUGAUCACGGCGCAUUAUUCAUCAGUUUCCCUGGUUUUCUCACCGGAGAAGGCCUAACCGUGAUGGCGGAGGGGGAUCAGGUUACAGAAAUGGUGGCCGACAGCACCAGUCUGAAGGUGCCUGUAACAAGUGCGUCCGCAAUCACCGUGAACGGAGUCAAACCACGCGUGUACUACCAGUGCGACCAGUGUCCAUAUCUGAGUGAAAACCGCUUCGCCCUCAUUCGCCACUAUCGUACCCACACAGGCGAAAAGCCCUUCAAGUGUAAGCAUUGCCCCUCUGCAUUUGCGCAGGCAUAUGACCUGAAACGCCACAGUAUGGCCAUACACGAUCAAUCCAAGCCCCACAAGUGUCCAAAGUGCGAGUUUGAGUGCCUGCGCAAAGCCAACCUGGUUGCUCACAUACGGAGGGCCCACUCCGACGGGAAGCCAUUCAAGUGCAGCUAUGGGAAGUGCUCCUACAGUACCACCACUAAGAAGUACCUACAGGUACACAUGGCUAUCCAUGCCAACAAGGAGAGGUACCAGUGCAGCAAGUGUGAGUACAAGUGUCCUCACCAGUGGAUCCUGACUCGCCACAUGCGCAAACACGAGCGGGAAGAACAGCGUGCGGCGGAACAGGCGGCGUGGGAAGCACAGCAGACUAAAGUGGAGCCGGAGUCCCAAGUCACAGUCGUUCAGGGGCAGGUACAGCCAGCGCAGGCUCAAGUCCAGAUGAACAGUGCCCAGAAGGUUCCGGUUCUCAUUGCCAAAGGUUUCCCCCCGUCUCAGCGCCCUCCCAUCCAGAAGCUCUUCAUCACUCCCAGCUCAGCUCAACAAAUAGCAACCAUAGCCAGGACAGUCGUUACCUCGGCAAUACCGGUGGUGGGAGCAAACUGGGCACCCAAGACUGUCAGCAUCACCAUCCCUGUACAGUCUACAAGUACCAUCCCUGUACAGUCUGGGAACACCAUAUCUAUACAGCCUGGGAGCACCUUACAAGUACAGUCUCCCGGCACCAGCCAGUCACAACCACCCACAGUAAACCUCACCACCAGCCAAGGGAACCUCACAACUUCACCAAAAAGCCCCCGAUCGUCGUCCCGCGGUAAUGCCGGGAAAAGGAGGAACAGAGAUGAUGAUGAAAUGAGUACCAGCAGCGCAGGACGUCACUCCGUCCCCGGCAGUUUGAUUGACAAACCGUUCCAGUGUGACAUGUGUGGGUUUGCCUUUACUCACAACUGGCUACUACAGCGGCACAUAAAGACCCAUCAGUACAGUGGGAAGAACAAGCAGCAGCUGUUGGCCCGGAGUCUGCUGCGAGCUGCCCGUAACCAGCUGGAGCGGCCGCGCCCCUUCAAGUGUGAGGAGUGCGGCUUCGCCUUCAUCCAGAACUGGCUGCUGCAGAGGCACCUGCGAUCACAUGCUGCACGCAGGAUGAAGCAACAGGAGCAGGGUACAUACUUUGCUGGAAAGAUGAUCACACAAGUCCAGCACCAGCCCCAGCAGCUGAUCCAGGGCCAGACCUUUGCUCCACAGACCAUCACAGUCCAGCAGAACACCUUCAAACAGGAGAUCAGUGACAGUGAGGAGGAUAGUGAGGAUGAUGAUGUGUACAGUGAUGAAGAUGACUCCCUCUCACCCAUCCCUGCUUCCAAACUACAGGAGUAUCAGUGUAACUUCUGUCCUUUCCAGGCUAACAAUGGACUGUCCCUGGCAAACCACCUUCGCAUCCACAGUGAUAAAACCUUCCAGUGCAAUGUGUGUGAAUUCUCUACCAGAAACAGGAAAGAUUAUGUCACCCACGUGCAGGAACACGCCAACAAGAAGCAUCACUGCUCCUUCUGCAGUCUGACGUUUGAGUCAGGGAUUGGCUUGUCCAACCACAUCAGAGGACACAUGGGGGAGAACAAGUACAGAUGUGAUCACUGCCCCUUCUCAACCAACCAGCGGAGAGUCCUGGAGCGCCACGUGAAGCGCAGCCACACCCGCAAGCCCCUGCAGCCAACCAUGAUCAUCAAACCGAACCUGGCCCCCAUCAGCCAACCACAGGAGAGCUUACAUGCAGACUUGGGGCCGUCAGACAUCGGUCAGGAAGUGACAGUGGGGUUGGACGGGGAGGAAGAACUAGAGUACGAGUCGGUUAUCUUUGAGUGUCGCUACUGCGGCCGGCAGUUUGAUAUCCAGGAGGAAUGGGUUCGGCACACGCAGAGGCACAUGUGGUGAACAGAUACAUAUCUCCGCAACAACAAUACAGUACAUGUGUGUGGCGUAGAUUGUGCUUUCUCAGGUCUACUGUAAAUGCGGAAGCUUUUGUAGCGGCUUUAUUUUUGCUGUUUUGUGGUGACCUCUUGGUGAAUUGGUGACAUCUGAAAUAUCCUAUGUUUCACCACUAUACUAUAGAAUUGCUUCAAACACAAAUUUUAAACAUCACAAAAGCCUCCUUUUUUCUUUCUGCUACAAAAUAAAACCACAUGGAAAGAGAAUUUACAGUAUUAUAUACCAAGGUCUUGAAUUGUUGAGUCUAAAUAAUAUGGAAGAUUGUAGUUGGACCAUAAAAUACCUCUGUGAAGGAUGUAUCUUUGUUUUACUGAAGCUGUGACUAUUUCUAAGCAUCGCUGUAUUUAUUCCAACUUGAUGGCAUUGUACAUUGUCAAAUGAUUUGGGUUUUACCCUACUGUCUGUUAUAUGUAACUGACCAACCCUGCCAUUGGGCAGUAAAUUAAAGCUCUAGUGUUUUUCUCAGAUAAAUGUGAUAGAAGUUUCUCUUGAAAUGUUAAGUACAGCAGUUUGGGACCUUUCCCAAGUGUCCUUGUAACUGUUACAGUAGUAGUAGUAUCCAACUAACAAGACAAGAGCAGUAGAAAGGCUUGAAUUGUUGUGCCGUGCUGAUGUGAUUAUGUCCUACAUGUAGACAUGUAAUUUAUGACAGGUGAAGCAUUGGAUGUAUUUAUACUAAGCAAUUUUGAAGUGACGUAGUCCCUCAGUAGAUGUACGACUCGUAAUGUGUGGAUAUGUGUUAUUUACUGAAAAGUAGCAAAAGUGCUGAUGAAAAUAGCACUUAAAGGAUUACAAUUUGUGUGAACAAAGCUGCUAACUUAAUGCUUACGUAACUUCAUACUUGCUCUUUCACACAGUUGCCUUAAUGUAAUUCUAGCAAGAUAUUGAAAGCACCGGUAGUGCUUUUCCAAGUGCUUCAAGAGACUUAGAGUGCUUCAAGAGAUUAUUUUACACAGUAAACAAAGAAACUUGGUACCUAACUUAAAAAUGUUUUAUCUGCUUUGUGUAAAGGGGAAUCUAGACUGACACUAGUCUAACAUGGCUAUAGCUUCAACCUAUGAUUUUCUUCAUUUGGAUAUCUGCACAACUAUAGUGCAAAGUAGCUGGUGACUAUAAGGGUAUGAAUAUUUGUAUGUAUAUGUAACAGUGGGCCUGCAGAAAGUAACCAAUACCUCAGGUUCAACUUCUGGCUUGAACAUAUUUUUGCUGUUAAUGACAGAUUAUUCACCUGCAAAGUUUCAGAUUUUCUGUAGUUUACCCAUUUUUGUUUGUUUCUAAUUUGCUAUAAUUGAGUGUCUGUAAUGAUCAGAAAUCAGAAUGUAGAUAAUGCACUGGUCUGUAAAACAGUACAAUUGAGUUUUUUUUCCUCACAUAAAAUGGGACUGUAAGGGGGGCUUGUACUGCUUGACACUAUACCAGCUUGAAAAGGUGAAUAAAUUGUCAGCAGUGGAC